AUGGCACCUAAUACUGAAAAGUAUAAAAUGAGAGAUAAGACAAAACCAAGCACAUUGGUCGUCCAGUUAAAGGAAGAAUUCGGUUUCAAGUACCAAACCAACUGUGAUGGGGAAGCCAUCUUGCACUGUUACAACCACGGCGGUGCAGAGUUUCUUGCUAAGCACCUCGACGGCGUGUUUGCCUUCUGUCUAUUCGAUACAGAGAAGAGAAAGGUUUUCCUUGGCAGAGAUACGUUUGGCGUUCGUCCAGCUUUCCGCUUGACCACAGAGGACGGAUUUCUGGCUGUUUGUUCGGAAAUCAAAGGAUUGCAAAAUCUCAUCCACAACGGCACAGCGAGUACAAUUGAAGCGUUGGCGCCUGGCCACACGGAGGAAUAUCUCCUGGACGAAGACAACAAGGCCAGGCUGGUAGACCGGAAGCGAUUUCAUUUCCAGGCACAGCCACCGGUUUACAAAACCAUAGCGGAACCUCUCGGAAACGACCCGCUAGCCAAUGUCCGCAACCUGAUGACCGCAGCCGUGAAGAAAAGGUUGAUGUCCCAGCGGCGUAUCGGAUGUCUACUAUCUGGUGGCGUGGAUUCCAGCCUCGUUGCCGCAUUGGUUGUGAAGAGCGCCAGAGAAGUGGGCAUAGACUACCCCAUACAGACGUUCGCCGCCGGCAUGCCGGGUAGCACGGACAUCAUAGCAGCGCGCAAGGUAGCUGAAUACCUCGGCACAGAACAUCACGAGGUUAUAUUCUCUGAAGAAGAAGGAUUGGCCGCUCUUAAUGACAUGGUGUAUCACCUGGAGAGCUAUGACAUCAUCACUAUACGUGGGGCUGUUGGGCUCUACUUCGUAGCCAAGUACAUAAGAGAAAAGACAGAUACAGUAGUCGUGUUCUCCGGCGAGGGCGCAGACGAGCUUUGCCAGGGGUACAUAUACUUCCAUAACGCCCCGGAUGUAAAGGAGGCGGAUAGAGAGAGCAGACGACUUCUUCAGGAUCUCUAUCUGUUUGACGUGUUACGUGGUGAUAGAAUUAUCUCCGGUUUUGGCUUAGAACUGCGGCUACCUUUUCUUGACCAUGAACUGACCAGCUAUAUUCUCUCUUUGGACCCCAACAUCCGACAUAUUGUCGACGGAAUCGAGAAGCAUCUGCUCCGUUCGGCCUUCAACGCGACGGGACUCCUGCCCCAUGAGACGCUGUGGCGACCCAAGGAGAGUUUUAGUGACGGCGUCUCCUCUAAUGUUCGCUCUUGGCAUCACAUCCUGCGGGAGUUCACCGACGAUAAGGUCACUGACGCAGACGUGAUGAACGCCAGCCGUAAGUUUCCCCACAAUCCACCGAAAUCUAAAGAGGCCUUUUACUUCCGUCGCCUCUUUGAGGACUUUUUCCCUGGGAAAGCCGACCUAAUCCCGUACCUCUGGAUGCCCAAGUGGUCGGGAGAAACAACCGAACCUUCGGCAAGGAACCUCAAAGCUUACAGGACAACAUAAUUGCAUUUGUGCAAGUGCAACUUUGGUUGUGGGACAAACUGGAAAUUUCAUCUACGGAUACAAGCACUUUGACUAAGGAUGGGUUUAAGAGCACUAAUUUGGACCGGUUGUAUUGUAUAGAACUGUGAGUCUAUAUUGUUGUGUCUUAUAAUAGCACACACAGGUUCCCUACAUGUUUGUGGUUUAAGCAUAUCAUUAUUAAUGUACCAUUAUAAACCUGUGUAUUCCAAUUUUAUGAA